GCGUUCAUGAGUGUUUGCUUCUUCAAUCCCUGCAACCCACGCACAGCGUCUGCCUCCAGCUCCCCCCGAUAUAAAAGCCCCGCUCCCUCACUCUCUUGCCCUCUACCACAGACUUGCCCUCAACCACCCCGCACUACUGAGACUGAUUCACCCACUUAUCUGCAUUCACCUCUCGAAGCGGGCUUACCAUUGGCUUACCCUUGCCAUUGUUCAGUGGCUGUAUCUUCAACCGCAAGUCACUCUGGGUCUUGGCAGCUCCCCAGCGACCAUAAAGCCUUGCCCACCCAACCUCCAACCCCACAUCUUCUCGACCACAUCCUCACUGCACCUUUUCAACCACUGCUUACCAUCCUACGGUUAUACCAUUCACACAUUUGAUCACUUCCUCCUACUCCCUUCUACUUGCCCCUACUUGCUCUUUCGAAGCACCCUCAUCGUCCCCCACAGACGCGCGCUUAUCCAAGAUGCCGUCGCCUAUGCGCAGGGCCUGGAGACAGGCAACCAGGAAUGCUCUUUCAAACACCAAGGCCGUGGCCAAGUUACUGAACACAGCAUUGUCGAGUCCUAAAGGCCAGCAGCUGGUGAUGAAGGCAGCUCGCGCUCAGAACAAGGUCACGAAGAAGGCAGCUCGAGCUCAGAACAAUACCAUGCAGCCAGAAGUCGAAAAGAACAGAGAGAACCUUGCUAUCAUGAUUCUCGAAGAUGGCUGGAGUGAGUGGAUACCGCCCUACAAGGUGCCAUACAGCGACUCCGAGAAAGAGCAGAACCGGAAAAACUUGCGGGAGUUUUUUGAACUGGUUCUAGCACCCCAGCUUCUCGACGACAGCUCAUCCACACCUCCAGCCGUCGCUCCCAUCUCUCCUCCAGUGGAAAAACAAGCCUCUGUCAAAGAAUCCGAGGAUACUAUGAUGUCUGAUGCUGACACACUUCCCUCGUCCCCGGUAAUCUCCUCGGGCUCUUCGGAUCAUUCUCAAGAUACCGGUUCAACAGACGCCACGAGUACCGGGGUGUCUGAGGCUAUAAAAGAGACGUGGGAUCUCAAUCCCGAUCUCGAAAUGAUGGAGACGGACGAGGAUGCAGCUCCCGAAGCUGCGUCUAGCACAGAGCAGACAGAUAAAACUGUCGCGCAGGACGCACCAUCCAAGCCUUCUAAGGACAGAGAAGCAGAGAUGGAGGACGCACCUGAGCCUGACACCCCGGAAGUUCCGGAUGUCACGAUGAGCGACCCAGAGAUGUCGCAUGGAGAAAUGAUUCAGAACUUGGUGAAGUCUAUCUCAUCAGCACCGGCUCCCACUUCUGCUUCCACUCCUUCUGUCCCCGCUCUUCCUUCUGCUCCCGCUCCCGCUCCCGCACCCUCCAUGCCUCCCACCCUACUCCCGGGCCCCGUCACAGCCCCCGCACCCAUAUCCACCUCUCCUCAUGCAUCUGAUACUACCGCAAUCUCUGGUUCAGCUGCAACCCCCCCUUCUCAGCUCGACUCCCAUGGCUUAGUCGUGCUGACGAGUUUCGAGAGGUCGCAGGCCAAGAGACUACUCCGAGACUGUUUGAGGCAGUACAUGAGGUCCGAUAAUGGUCCCAUGAGCAGGCUCCUCACUAUUCCAGAAAACUUCCUGGAUGCCAUGGUCGAUGAGUUGCGGACUUGGCUCAAAAACAAGACUGGAAUGAUAAAGGGGAGCAACCUCCUUCAAAGCUUGAAGAAGAGGACCGAUGAGAUCCACAUGGCGAAUUAUGCCAAGUUCCACGAGUGGAUGUAUGAGUCCUGGCGCAACGUCAACAAGCGGCUACUCGACGAACAAGAAGUUAAAGCAUAUGGCACGAAGGAUCAUGUCGCGCGCAUCGACAGAAUGGGCCAACUUGGUCCCAUGUUCGAUCAGAUGAGCUUAACCAAUGUCCGUAUUGCCCUAUCGUACGAUCCGACCAAGCCCAACCAACCUCUUUGGGUCAUGACAUUCCAAGAGAUCCUCCAUGAGGUCAAGUCCCGCGAAGCUGGCUGGUUGCAAUCGUCAAUCAACAGGGAACUGACCACGGACUGCGUCAAACCUUCUAGCUUGAGCUUCAACUAUAAGAGCAAGUUCAAGGGUUUCAUGAACCAAUGGCGAGAUGUGAGCCGGGCCAUAAGGUGCUAUAUUGAGAAGUUUGGCGCCAACUCAAUCACCACUGCCCCUAUCCUUCAGAGGGACAGCAAGGAUUUAAAGCGAGGCCCCGCGAUAAUGAAGGAAGGCCCCAUGAAGAGGUGGUGUGCAGAAAUCACACCUAGCACGCCGGCUACGAUCUAG